AUGGGGACUGUGGAUAAGGCCCUGGUCCAUAAGAGGAUCAUGUUCUGGCUGUGGAAGGUGCUCUUCCUCUCCACAUGGUCAACAACUGGACAUGCUAAAUACAGUAGCCCUAUAGAAGUAGUGAUACCUUUCAGGGUCACUGAUUCUAUGAGACACAAUAAUUCUCCAGGCUGGCUCUCCUACAGCCUGUACUUUGGAGCAGAGAGGCAUAUUAUCACCAUGAAACCAAAGGAAAACUUGAUAUCUAGAAACUUCUUACUCUUAACCUACAGUGACCAAGGUGAUAUCCUUUCAGAACAGCCUUUUGUGCGGGAUGACUGCUACUACCAUGGCUAUGUGGACGAAGAUCCAGAAUCCAUAGUUGCUCUUACAACCUGUUUGGGAAGUUUCCAAGGCAUACUAGAGAUAAAUGGCACAGUUUAUGAAAUCAUGCCCAAGAGCUCAACUUCCACAUUUGAACAUCUGGCUUAUAAAAUGGGUAGUGAGGAGUCAGAAUCAAUUCCCAUGCGAUGUGGGUUAUCAGAAGAGGAAAUAACACGACAAAUGAAUCUUCGAGACAGCAGUGACUCCACGUAUUUCCAAAGCCAAUAUGGGGAUUGGUGGGUACACCACAAGUAUCUUGAAUAUUUUGUGAUAAUAGAUCACAAACGAUAUGUUCAUAGAAAAGGAAAUACCACACAAUGUCUUCAAGAUAUUUUGCAAAUGGUCAAUGGAAUAAAUGGUUAUUAUCUUCAAAUAGACACUGAAGUGGUUUUAACCACACUUGAAGUGUGGAAUGAAAAAAAUCAUGUCGAUGUAGAAAGACAUAUUUCUAAAGUCCUAGGUGAUUUUUGUGUUUGGAAGAAAAGAAACAUUGGCAAUCAAAUUAGACAUGAUAUCAUCCAUCUUUUUGCCCUGCAAGGAUAUGGAAUGUACUUAGGGCUAGCCUUUGUAGGUACAGUUUGUACACCUGAUAAUUGUGCAGUUAUGAGUUUCCUUUCUGAUUCGAUGUCACACAUGGCCUCCGUUAUAGCACAUGAAAUGGGUCACAAUUUGGGUAUGGGUCAUGAUGAGAAAGAAUGCACUUGUGGGAGAAAGAGCUGCAUAAUGGCCGCAUACCUGUCUGGUUCCGAUAGAUUCAGCAACUGUAGUUAUAAUGAAAUGUUUACAACUAUUGGGAGACGAUCCUGUUUAUACAAUAUUCCGGAUUUACUAGUAAUCGAAAAAAACCAAACCUGUGGGAAUAAGCUGGUUGAGGAAGGAGAGCAGUGUGAUUGUGGAACCUCUGAGUCAUGUCAAAAUGAUCCAUGUUGUAGCGAUGACUGUGUUUUUAAACCUGGUGCACAAUGUGCUUUUGGGCUUUGCUGCAAAAGCUGCAAGUUCAUUCCAACAGGCACAGUGUGUAGAAAAGUGAAAAAUGAAUGUGACCUGCCAGAGUGGUGCAAUGGAACUUCAGCUGCGUGUCCAGAUGACGUGUACCUAGAGGAUGGAAGCCCUUGCAGAAAUGGUGGCUAUUGCUAUAAAGAUGCAUGCCAUAAUCGUCAGGUACAGUGUCAGAAGAUUUUUGGCAAGGGAGCCAGGAGUGCAGAUGAAAGAUGCUACAUGGAAAUGAACAAACGGGGUGACCGUUUUGGUAACUGUGGUAACAAUAGCUAUACCUACAUAGGAUGCAAUAGCACUGAUGUAUUGUGUGGAAGGAUCCAGUGUGAAAAUGUGACAGAGCUUCCUCCUAGGAGAAAUCAUGAAACAUUGCAUUGGGUUCAUUUCAAUAAUUCCACCUGCUGGUCCUUGGACUAUCAUUUUGGAAUAAGCAUAGCUGACCCUGGAGCAGUGGCAGAUGGAACAGCUUGUGGUAAAGGCCGUAUAUGCAUUGACAGGAAGUGUGUCGAUAAGUCCAUUCUGUUAGGUAACUGUUCAGAAAGAUUAUGCAAUAAGAAAGGUGUCUGCAACAGUAAACACCACUGCCAUUGUGAUCCUCGGUGGAAACCACCAUACUGUCUACGAGGUGGCUUUGGAGGUAGUAUAGACAGUGGACCACCUCCAGGAAAACAUCCUAAUUGGGCACCAUUUGUGCUGGUUUUUCUUUUUCUUUUUCUGAUUGUGAUAGCUGUUGUAAUUACCGUACUUAAGAAGAUGAGAUAA